AUUAAUCACAUAAAAUCAAAUCAAAACAAAUAUGACCUUGAAAGUCAUACGUAACGAGUUACAUAUAUGACCAUUUAAAACUCCAUACCUGAUCGGAAAUUUAAUGACUUGUUACCGUGUACAGCAGAUAUGAAGUGAAAGAAUGAGCAAGGAGUAACAUCAUGAGCCGUCAUGGAUAACAAAAAAUUGGAACCACAGAACUGUGGUGAUUCUGUUAAAGUCUACAUUAAAGAAGAGUCUGAUUUGAAUCAGAAAGAAGAAAUUCAGUAUUUAGAAGAAGCUGAUUUCUCAUACAACAAUCAGAAAGUUUGUUUGGAAAGCAACUCAAGUGAUGUCUUGUACAAAAAGGAUGAACUGGAAAUGGUAGAACAUCCUAAAAUUAGAAUAUUUGUUUGCAAUAUUUGUGGAAAAACUUUUUCUACAAACAGUAGCCUUGUAAGUCAUAUGAACAUACAUAAUGUUGUGGAUUCCUUGAGAUGUACGGUAUGUGAUGAGAAUUUCACCAGAAAGUGGGACAUGAUGAUACACAUGAGGAGACAUAAUUUAGAGAAGCCCUUCAAGUGUGAGAUAUGUAACAGGAAAUUUUCAUAUAAAGGUCAUCUAGACAAUCAUAUUAGAGAGCAUACUGGAGAAGAGCUUCACAGUUGUGAAGUGUGUAAUAAGAGAUUUUGUCAUAAAGGAAACUUAGUAAUGCACAUGAAAAGGCAUGUGGAGAAAAUUUAUAAGUGUGAGACAUGUAGCAAAAAAUUUUCAUACAAAGCUGCUCUAGUUAACCACAUUCGUGGGCAUACAAUAGAGAAACUUCAUGGCUGUGAUCUGUGUAAUCAAAAGUUUUCUUGCAAAAAUAUUUUAAUAACCCACAUGAAGAAACAUACUGGAGAAAAGCCAUUUAGCUGUGAUGUGUGUGGAGUAAAGUUUUCUCAGAAAGGUAAUCUGGGUGUGCACAUGAGAAAACAUACAGGUGAGAAGCCUUAUAGAUGUGAAGUGUGUUAUUUAAGUUUCUCAGAGAAAAGUACUUUAGUUAAGCACAUGAGAAGACAUACUGGGGAAAAACCAUAUACCUGCGAAGACUGUGGGAGGAAAUUCUCUGUUAGGGGAACUUUAGUAAAUCAUAUGAGACUACAUACAGGUGGUAAGCCUUAUGGAUGUGAGGUUUGUAGCAAGCGGUUCACUCGCAAAAAAAAAUUGGAUAAGCAUAUGCUAGUACAUAGCAAAGAACAUACCAGAAACAUCCAAAAACCAUCCAAACUCAAAAAGAAGUCUGUUAAUAGUUGAAUUAUUAAAACCUUACUCAAAGGAUGUACACAAAUUCAUCAGUGUAAGAUAUAUAACCAUCACUUCAUUAUUAAUAUUUGGGCCAUACUUUGAAAAUAUCAUUAACUCAUAUCUGCUAUUUACAUUAUCAUCAAGACCAGUAUUCAUUUGUUCAUAGUUUUACUAUAUUAUCUUUAUUUAAAAUGCAGUUAAAUGCAUCAUGUUCAUCUUCAAUUGUAUUUUUGUGACAGUCCAUUGUAAAGUAUUAAAAAGAAUUUGAGGUAAUCAGUUGUAAUGAGAAUCAGACACUAGGCCUACCUUACCUCACCAAUUUACCUAAUUCCUUGAAUAUCUUUGAAGAAAAGUUUUGAUUUAUAAAAACGUAAUAGCAAUGGUAAUGAUAAUAGUAAUACAUUUCUUUCUAAAAAUUCAAGGAGUUUGGAAAACAGGUGAGAGUUUAUUUAUUGAAAAUUUUAUGCCACGUCAACAUUUAAGGUCAUUAGUAGUGUAUUCAAAAUAUAAUGACAGGGUGAGGCUUGGGGGCAAAGCCCCAAGGUAAGGAAGUGCUAUAUAUCAAAGGUCAUGUGGCACUAUGGUAAAUUAGAAUAGCAAAAGGGGUUAGGAACAAGUUAAUGAUUAGGGUAAAUUAAAGGUUGAACAGUAAAUUAAUUAAUUAAUUUUAGUUUGAUUCCAUUUGCUCUAAUGGAUAUUCUUGGUGUGACAUACGGUCUGUUUCAUUUUGCUUCUCAAUUAUCCCGUGUGCAAGGAAUGGUCGGGGUUACCAUCCACUGAUGGCAAGGGAUUUGAAUGGAGGUCAGCAAGAUUGCUAGACAAGAUAGCUACCGGCGCACCACACAGUACACAGUACUAGAGGGUGGUAUGGCUGUGAAAAGGGUAGAGAGGGGGAGUUGUAGGGGUAUAGUACAAGGUUAAUGCUGUUAGAAGGGGAAGGAGUUAAGGGAGUAGGGAGCAUUAUGAUAAAAGUAUUGUGGUGAAAACAGCUAAAAUGAGUUUAACAAUCAGGAUGAGUGGACAGAACAAGGGGAUGAAGAAAAGGAAAAGGAAAGGUGGAAAAGGAAGACCAUGCAAAAUUAGUUAAGGCAAGGCCUGAGGACUAAGGUAGGGGUGAUCCCCUUGGGUGUCAGUCCCCGUUUCCUAAGCCCCCAUGACAACAACGAGCAAGGGAUUAUGGGGGAAACAGGUGUGAUCAGUUAGGCCUAGUAAAUGAUUUUUUUUGUCUAUACUAGUGAAGCUAAAUUAGUCAAGCAAAACCACAGUGAACAGUCCGUGUACCAAGUCAAUGGUUUAAUCUGUUGUUUUUGUGACCUAAGCUGCAACUUGUGAACUCAUUUUUUAUAUUAUAAUUAGUUUUUGGUACAAAGAAAAGUAAGGGGUCAAGGCCAACAGUAAGGGGGAUGGGGGUACCUGGUUCAUGCUUCAUAUCUAACAUGUUAUUUUACUUAUGCAAGAAUGUACACAGUUGUUAUUACAGGAGUUCAGCAAUGAGGGAGGAGUUACUAAAUAUUCCAGUGCAUAGAAAUAUAAUUUAUUAAUGAACUGAUUAAAGCCUUACUGCAUAAGUAUAUAUUUAUAAAUACUAAACUUGUUUGAAAGACAUACUUGAGAGUAACUUCAAUAUAUCCUUAAUGUUUGUUCUCCAACUGGUAAAACAAACUUUACUCCAUUAUUCAUGUGAAUAAACAAAAAAAUAUAUAAAUAUAUAUUCAA